AUGUCUAGUUCCACCACUCCUGAUUUAUUAUAUCCCUCUGCGGACAAAGCUGCAGAGUCCAGUCAUAAUAUACAUGAAGAUGAGUUACGACUUAGAGAAAGGAUUAAAGAAAAUCCUACUGACAUCCUACCAUACUUCCAACUCAUCCAGUAUUUAGAGACCCAGGAGUCUUAUGGUCAGGUGAGAGAGAUAUACGAGGAGUUCCAUACCACGUUUCCUUUUUAUUCACCUGCGUGGACCUUACAAUUGAAAGGCGAAUUGGCAAGAGAUGAAUUUGAGACAGUUGAGAAAAUUCUCGCCCAGUGCCUUUCUGGCAAGUUGGAAAACAACGACCUACCUCUUUGGUCGACCUACUUGGACUACAUACGGAGAAAAAACAACUUAAUUACUGGUGGGCAAGAAGCCAGAGCCAUUAUUGUCAAGGCAUUUCAAUUAGUCAUGCAAAAGUGUGCAAUUUUUGAGCCUAAAUCAUCAUCUUUUUGGAAUGAAUAUCUCAGUUUCUUGGAACAAUGGAAACCGUUCAACAAAUGGGAGGAACAACAACGGAUUGACAUGCUAAGAGAGUUCUACAAGAAAAUGUUAUGUAUCCCCUUCGAUAAUUUAGAAAAAAUGUGGAACAGAUACACCCAAUGGGAACAGGAAGUAAAUUCUUUGACAGCAAGAAAGUUCAUCGGGGAAUCAUCGGCCGAAUAUAUGAAGGCACGUUCUUUAUAUCAAGAAUGGCUGAAUAUUACAAAUGGAUUAAAAAGAACAUCUCCAAUUAAUCUGCGCACAGCGAACAAGAAAAACAUACCACAACCGGGUACUUCGGACUCAAACAUCCAACAGUUAGAGAUUUGGUUAAAUUGGAUAAAAUGGGAAAGGGAGAAUAAGUUAAUGCUCGCUGAAGAUGUGCUAUCACAAAGGAUCAACUAUGUUUAUAAACAAGGUAUUCAAUACAUGAUAUUUUCCGCAGAAAUGUGGUACGAUUAUUCAAUGUAUAUAUCUGAAAAUUCGGAUCGACAAAAUAUCUUAUAUACUGCGUUAUUAGCUAAUCCCGACUCUCCUUCUCUUACAUUCAAAUUAUCUGAAUGCUACGAAUUGGAUAAUGAUUCUGAAAGUGUUUCCAACUGUUUUGACAGAUGCACUCAAACUUUGCUAUCCCAAUACAAAAAAAUCACUUCCGAUGUAAAUACAAGCGAAGGAAAUAACACAGAGCAUAAACAAGAUCUGGUAUACAACCAAAGGGAAAAAUUAACAUUCGUUUUUUGCGUGUAUAUGAACACGAUGAAAAGAAUAUCUGGAUUGUCCGCAGCACGUUCUGUAUUCGGUAAAUGUCGAAAACUAAAGCGUAUAUUAACACAUGACGUCUACGUGGAAAAUGCAUAUCUAGAAUUUCAAAAUCAAAAUGAUUAUAAAACAGCCUUUAAAGUUUUGGAAUUGGGUUUAAAAUAUUUCCAAAAUGAUGGAGUUUAUAUCAACAAAUACUUAGAUUUUUUAAUAUUUUUAAAUAAGGACUCACAAAUUAAAACCUUAUUUGAAACAUCCGUGGAAAAAGUUCAAGAUUUGACCCAAUUGAAAGCAAUAUACAAGAAAAUGAUAAGCUACGAAUCCAAGUUUGGUAAUUUAAACAAUGUUUAUUCCUUAGAAAAAAGAUUUUUUGAAAGAUUCCCUCAAGAGAAUUUGAUCGAAGUGUUCACGAGCCGCUACCAAAUUCAAAGCUCAAACCUCAUAAAGAAAUUAGAGUUAACUUAUAUGUAUAACGAGAAGGAGGACAGCUACUUUUCUCCUGGGAACGAGAAAGGUAUUCAAGGCUUUUCGAAUUUGAAUUCAACGGAUAGGAAGAGGUUAAUGGAAGAAACUGGGAACAAUGGAAAUUUCUCCAAUAAGAAGUUCAAAAGAGACUCAGAGCUACCAGCAGAAGUCCUUGAUUUACUGAGAGUCAUUCCAAAACGUCAAUACUUCAGCACUAGUUUACUUGAUGCACAAAAAUUAGUUAACUUCUUAAAUGACCAAGUAGAGAUUCCAACGACCGAUAGUACUAAAUGA